AUGGAGGCCAAAAUCGAUGGGGUUCUGAGCAAAAUGGAGAUCGCAGCAGAGAAGGUCGAGCUCUAUUGCAACAGCAAAGUCAAAUUGCCCAUGGCCGAACUCGACUACUUGAAGACGCUGGAGGAUGCACGUGACUUCAUGACCAUGAUGGUGACGAAGACCAGUGACAACCGCCAGCAACUGGCAGACAUCUUCGGCGGUGACUGCUCCAGAAUAGCACGGAUACGGACUGUUCUCGAUGGCGUUGUGCUGUCGGACAUGAACUGCAACGACCAGCGUGUCCGAACCUGCACAGAGGCUUGCGCCACCAUCGAAAAGGUUUUGGAGGACAUGGGCCUGGGCUGGUGCUUGAAGAAAGCCUGCGAUGAGCAGAAGGCGAACUUGGGGCGCAGACGCAGCAGCGUGGACCGGGAAGCCCUUGCCCUCGCUGCUCAGGCCGCCCAGGCUGCCCAAGCCGCCCAGGCAGAGUCCACGGCUGUGGAGGCUGUGGAGGAACCCGACGUGGAGGAGCCUCCCAAGCCCUUGUCAAAGGCUGCCGACCUUUGGGCGCAGUCUGUUGACGAGGACUUCGUGAAGAGGGUGUUGGCUUGCACAGAAGCCACGGAACUGCACAGCCUGGAGAAAGAGGCCUUGGCCAGCAAGUCCUCCAAAAUUGGCAACUGGAUGAUCUGGAUGGUGCACCGGGCGCACCUUGAUGACCCCACCUUGGUGAAAUUUGACUUCACCAACCUGAAGAUGCCGGAGGGCAGCGUGGAGCCCCUCAUUUCUCCAAAGCUGGCGGUCGCCAUGGAGAGCAACACCCACAUCGAGCAGCUGCUCAUGGGCUGCACGAACCUCCAGGAUCCGGAGGCAGCCAUCCUGGCCGUGUCCCUCCGCUCCAACAGCACCCUGAAGGUGCUGAACAUCGACACGAAUGCCAUCCAACCCUUGACCCUCGAGUCCAUUGCCAAGGGCACCAGUGUCAACCAGGCUUUGCAGGAGCUGCGCUGCAACAACACAGCGAGCGGGAGGCUUGUAACAGAGGCCUUCUUGCACGCGCUGAAGUCCAACCCAAUGAUGUGCAAGCUCGGCUACCCCGUGACGGACCCCUACUUCCGGGGUGAGAUCGACAAGCAGCUCACGCGGAACAACGACGCCGCACGCAAGCGCCGCGUGGAGGAGAAGCGGCGAAGGGAGGCUGCAGAGGCCGCUGGCGAAGCGGUCGAGACCCCGGCAGGCGGCUACCCGAAGCCCAAGGCAGGGGAAGCAAAGGAAGCCAAGGAAGCCAAGGAAGCCAAGGAAGCCAAGGAAGCGAAGGAAGCCAAGGAAGCCAAGGAAACGAAGGAAGCGAAGGAAGCCAAGGAAGCCAAGGAAGCCAAGGAAGCGAAGGAAGCGCAGGAAGCGAAGGAAGCGAAGGAAGCAAAGGAAGCGCAGGAAGCAAAGGAAGCGAAGGAAGCGAAGGAAGCGAAGGAAGCAAAGGAAGCGAAGGAAGCGCAGGAAGCAAAGGAAGCGCAGGAAGCGGAGGCCGCCCCUGAAGCUGCAGCUGCAGCAAACGCCCUUCAUGUGGCCCAGGAGGCCCCCGCCGAAGCGCAGGUUCCAGAAGCGGCGGCAGUUGACGAGGAGCCUGCUGCCAAACAGGUGCCAGAUGUGCCAGAUGUGUCAGCAGACACGAAGACGGCGGAGACUCACACGACUGACAAGACUGACAAGACACCGGAAGGUCUCGUGGAAGGCUCCAAAGGAGCAUCCGAAGGUGAGAAGAAGGCCCAGACAGUCGAGUCCUUCCUUGCCGAACUCGAUCCGUUGCCGGGCAUGGUGACCACGGCCGAAGUGCAGGCCCCGCCGGACCUCGGCCUCCGUCAUGCGCUCAGAGGGGAUCAGUGGGUUCUCAACAUUUGGUUCAACAUUGGGAAGGUUCUUUGUGAUUUCAGGGCGCCGGCUUGUGUGGUGGAGGCUCCCGUGGCUCCGCUCUGGCUCCCUUUCGCUUUCUUGUCCUUGCUCAGGAGAGACCGAGAUGUCCCCACGACGGACCUGACGCAGCCUGACCCGCCUGGGUGCAAAGGCUUCAUUGACUUUGCCUUCAGUCGCGCCCGCAUUGUGCCCAACGACACGAACCCAGCGCUCUUCGCUCUCGAGGCGGUCGAUGGUGCUUGGCAGGACAUGAGCGACGCGCAGCGGACCUUCGAGUGGCCCGCUCAUGUGCUGACGGACGUUGCCUGUAUUUGCCUGUUUCAGUCUGCCCCGUUUGCACAGAUGAGGUUUGACUGCACUGAUUCAGCACACACCCGGGAUGAGUGGAUCGCAGCCUUGCGCGUCUUGCAGUCAUAG